AUGGUUGUACAUGUGGUCUUUAUACUUGAAAGCGCAUAUGUUGCUCUACCAGAUUUCUAUGACGUACAAUUCGUUGUUUUGAAAUUUUGGUUAAAUUUUUUAGAGUCAGACGAGAAAUGUUCGAAGCUAACUGCUUUCAUGAAAGACAGUAGUAACUCAAAAUCCAAGUUUACGGGGAAGAACAUGCUCACGAAGAGUUCGAGCCAGGACUCAAAGUCAAAGAAAUCGCGUGUUAAGGAAACCAAAGGGACCGUGGUUCAAGAUCAAAGCAUAAGUGGUUUACAAAGGGAUGUUGGACAAGAAAAUCACAUCCGUGCUCACUCAAGCGGUCCGGAAUUACAGUUCACUUCGACUGCUGGAAAUAAAAACUCCGAAUGCACUAUAAUCGACUUUGACGAUUGUAUGGGCAACAGUAAUUCUUCUAACGAUGAGGAAAAACACAUAAAAUAUAUCGAUGAAGAUAUGCCCUCUAAUGAAAACUGUAGUAGCCCACCAAGAGAAUCAGUGCGACAUGUUUCACUCAAUGGAAAUGUUAUAAAACCCGGAUAUGUUCGAGGCAAUACUGUUGAGGAGCUUUUUCCAAUGAAUGAAAAUUCUAACCAUGAAUCCCAAAGUUGUACCCCUCGUGUUCGGCCUCUAGGAACUAAUGUUGAUCUUGAAAGUUUAAAAAUAGGAGACACUAAAAGAAUGGAAUGCGACGAGAACUCUUUUUCUUAUACCUCUGGUCAACUGAGAGUGCAUGGUAACAAACACAGUAGCUAUGAAAUGUCAAAUACUCCUCCUAUUCGGAAUUUUCGGAAUUAUGAGACCGUUCCGCGAUUACAGUCGUCUGCUACUUUAUUUUCCGGCUCUCUUGCCGCUACGAAUUAUAAUCCUCGCGAACAAUUUGCUUCGCAGUACUUGACUCCAACUGAAAAUGCGCGACUGGGUUUUUUGGUUGAGAGCGGCUAA